AUGCACAUUGAGAAGAAUGUAUGCGAUAGUAUUAUUGGUACAUUAUUCAAUAUUCCUGGAAAAACGAAAGAUGGAGUCGCUGCUAGGUUGGAUCUGGUGGAAAUGGGCAUAAGGACUGGUUUGGGACCAACACCAGGGCAAAAGAAAGACAAGUUGCCUUUGGCAAGUUGGAAUCUGCUGCUAGAAGAGAAGAGAGCAAUGUGCAUGUCUUUUUUCAACAUGAAGGGUCCUUACGGCAUUUCCUCAAAUAUAAGGAACCUUGUUUCCUUAGAUGACUUAAGGCUGGUUGGUCUCAAAUCACAUGAUUGUCAUAUGGUGAUGCAACAGCUACUACCAAUUGCUAUACGUUCAAGUUUGGAGAAACCAGUCCGGUUUGCAAUCAUUCGGUUUUGUCUCUUUUUUAAGGCAAUAUGCAGCAAAGUGAUAGAUGUUAGGAAGCUGAAAAAAAUGCAAGAAGAUCUAGUUUUGACAGUUUGUGAGCUUGAGAAGUAUUUUCCACCAUCCUUCUUUGAUAUCAUGAUUCAUCUCACAGUCCAUCUUGUUAGAGAAGUUGAGCUUUGUGGACCAGUUUUCUUUAGGUGGAUGUACCCUUUUGAAAGGUACAUGAAAACCCUCAAAGGGUAUGUUAGAAAUCGAAACCAUCCAGAGGGUUGCAUUGCUGAGUCAUAUGUUGUUGAAGAAGCAGUGGAAUUUUGCUCAGAUCGUAUACUUUCUGGUGAAAAUACAGUUGGCAUCCCAUCAAUAGGCAUUUUUGAUGAAAGCUGCACCAAACCGUUAUCUGGUGCUACUGUUGUAUCCAUUUAUGGAAGGGAGUUGGAACUAGCACAUCUUUGUGUAUUACAGAAUACAGAGGAGGCAAGACCAUACUUCAUUAAGCAUAUGGAGAUUUUGGAGCUUACCUAUCCUAAAUUCAAAGCUAAUCAGAACUGGUUGACUAAUAAGCAAAAUAAAACUUUUGCUAAGUGGAUUAAGGAGAAGGUUCUUGAAGAAUUCAGCAAUCCUAAUAAUGAUAUCUCUGAAACUUUAAGGUGGAUUGCAGAUGGACCAAAUCCAGAUGUACCUACUUUUUGUAGUUACAUGGUUAACGGGGUUCAUUUCAAUACCAAAGAACGCGACGAUGUAAGAAAAGUGCAAAACAGCGGUGUUAGCCUACAUGCCCGUGCUUUACAAGUAGCUAGUGCAAAGGACAAAAACCCAAAAUUGGAUGAUAUGCAAUUUUAUGGAGUGAUUACAACAAUUUGGGAGAUGGACUAUCAAAGGUUUAGAAUUCCUGUGUUCAAGUGUGAUUGGGUUGAAAACGCCAAAGGCAUUAAAGUAGAUGAGUUUGGGUUUACGUUGGUAAACUUGAAUAGGAUAGGUCAUGUGAGUGAUCCUUUUGUUUUAGGUAAGGAUGUGAAACAAGUAUGGUAUGUAGCUGAUCCGCUUGAUGAUGAUUGGUCAGUAGUUAUAACAUGUCCUGAUAGAGAUUAUGCAAAUGAUAGUGAUGAAGCAGAAGAGCUUGAAAAUUUGGAAGUUGAGCAGCAACCCUUUAUAGCAACAAUGCCAGCAAUUGAGUCAUAUGACAAUAUAGUUGAUGAUGAUGAGAACCACUACAUGCGAGAAGGGAACGAAGGGAUAUGGGUUGAUAAAUGA